CUCCGAGUUAACCAAUUAAAUGCAUCGCUUGUCGGCCAAUCCCAGGCGAGGAGGAGGGGGACAGCUGCUAUAAAUAGGAGCCGGCAGCACUCGCUCUUCUUUUUGCCAAGAGCAGGCUCUGAGAGCGGAAAUGGCGCGCACGAAGCAGACGGCGCGUAAGUCGACGGGCGGGAAGGCGCCCCGCAAGCAGCUGGCCACCAAGGCGGCCCGCAAGAGCGCGCCGGCCACGGGCGGCGUGAAGAAGCCGCACCGCUACCGGCCCGGCACGGUGGCGCUGCGCGAGAUCCGCCGCUACCAGAAGUCGACGGAGCUGCUGAUCCGCAAGCUGCCCUUCCAGCGGCUGGUGCGCGAGAUCGCGCAGGACUUCAAGACCGACCUGCGCUUCCAGAGCUCGGCCGUGAUGGCGCUGCAGGAGGCGAGCGAGGCCUACCUGGUGGGGCUCUUCGAGGACACCAACCUGUGCGCCAUCCACGCCAAGCGCGUCACCAUCAUGCCCAAGGACAUCCAGCUCGCCCGCCGCAUCCGCGGGGAGCGCAUGAGCCCCGAGAUGCGCUUGACGCCGCCGCGCCGCGCCAGGCGCCGGAUGGCCGGCUUGGUGAUGCCCUGGAUGUUGUCGCGCAGCACCUUGCGGUGCCGCUUGGCGCCCCCCCUUGCCGAGCCCCUUCCCGCCCUUGCCCCUGCCGGACAUGCUGCCGCCGCGCUCUGCCUCAACAGCGAGUGGCGGGAACGGGCGCCCGCGCUCGCCUAUAUUGCCGGCGCCAAGUCCGCGCCCGCGCCCAAGAAGGGCUCCAAGAAAGCCGUCACCAAGACCCAGAAGAAGGGCGACAAGAAGCGUAGAAAGACCAGGAAGGAGAGCUACUCGAUCUACGUGUACAAGGUGCUGAAGCAGGUGCACCCCGACACGGGCAUCUCGUCCAAGGCCAUGGGCAUCAUGAACUCCUUCGUCAACGACAUCUUCGAGCGCAUCGCCGGCGAGGCGUCGCGCCUGGCGCACUACAACAAGCGCUCGACCAUCACCUCGCGGGAGAUCCAGACGGCCGUGCGGCUCCUGCUGCCCGGCGAGCUGGCCAAGCACGCCGUCUCCGAGGGCACCAAGGCGUGCCGGGAGGCUGCUCCGGGGGAGAUGGCGCGCACGAAGCAGACGCGUAAGUCGACGGGCGGGAAGGCGCCCCGCAAGCAGCUGGCCACCAAGGCGGCCCGCAAGAGCGCGCCGGCCACGGGCGGCGUGAAGAAGCCGCACCGCUACCGGCCCGGCACGGUGGCGCUGCGCGAGAUCCGCCGCUACCAGAAGUCGACGGAGCUGCUGAUCCGCAAGCUGCCCUUCCAGCGGCUGGUGCGCGAGAUCGCGCAGGACUUCAAGACCGACCUGCGCUUCCAGAGCUCGGCCGUGAUGGCGCUGCAGGAGGCGAGCGAGGCCUACCUGGUGGGGCUCUUCGAGGACACCAACCUGUGCGCCAUCCACGCCAAGCGCGUCACCAUCAUGCCCAAGGACAUCCAGCUCGCCCGCCGCAUCCGCGGGGAGCGCGCUUAAGCUUCUAGCAAAAGGAUCUUUGACUUUCGAAAACCCAAAGGCUCUUUAAGAGCCACCACAUGGCUAUUAAAAAGAGCUGUAAACUCUUA